AGAAAGUUGUUUUCCCUUAAGUUGGCAGUUCCUGUUCCAAUUGUAAAAACCUAACUAAAAUUGCAGUUUCGCGAACUUUUAAAGACCUGAAAUCACCAAAUCAAACAGUGUGCCGUACGUAAUAAAGUGCAAUAGAGAUGCUCCUAGGUCAAGGCCAUUAAGGAAGGUCACCAAUUGGGCAGCAAGGGCAAGCACAAAGGAAUAACUUGUCGUCAGCGAUAACUUGAAGGUCACCAAAGUGUCUGCCUACGAAAGCAUGGACUUGCAGCAUAUGGAGAAUGGCCUUAAUGGCGGGGGUGGUGGUGAAAGAGGGGGAGGUGGUGGCCUCAGUGAAAUAGAUUUCCAAAGAUUGGCCCAGAUCAUAGCAACGAGCAUCCAAAAGGUCCAACAGAAUGUGUCCACAAUGCAGCGCAUGGUCAAUCAACUGAACACGCCCCAGGAUUCCCCGGAACUCAAGAAGCAGCUCCACCAAAUAAUGACCUACACCAACCAGCUGGUGACCGACACAAACAAUCAAAUCAACGAGGUGGACAAGUGUAAGGAGCGCCACCUGAAGAUCCAGAGGGAUAGGCUGGUCGACGAGUUCACGGCGGCACUGACCGCCUUCCAGGCUGUCCAGCGUAAGACGGCGGACAUAGAGAAAACGGCGCUGCGGCAAGCGCGCGGGGAUAGCUACAACAUCGCCCGUCCACCCGGCUCUUCGCGUACUGGCAGCUCCAACAGCAGCGCCAGCCAACAGGAUAACAACUCCUUUUUCGAGGAUAACUUCUUCAAUCGCAAAUCAAACCAGCAGCAACUGCAGACUCAAAUGCAAGAGCAGGUUGACCUGCAAGCGCUAGAGGAGCAGGAACAGGUCAUCCGGGAGCUGGAAAGCAAUAUUGUGGGCGUAAACGAGAUCUACAAGAAGUUGGGUGCUCUGGUCUACGAACAGGGAUUGACGGUGGACUCCAUUGAGUCGCAGGUGGAACAGACAAGCAUUUUCGUCUCGCAGGGAACUGAUAAUCUGCGCAAGGCGAGCUCCUAUAGGAACAAAGUGCGCAAGAAGAAGUUGAUCCUGGUGGGCAUCCUGAGCGCCGUGCUGUUGGUCAUCAUCUUGAUACUCGUCUUUCAGUUCAAGAACUAGAGUCAUCUAGAGCCAAUCCGAAACAUUCAAAACCAAACUAGUAAAUUGUUGUGAAAAGACAAGAGUUGCCGCAUGCAGGCCCCCAAACCCCCGUAAUUCCCCACCCACUCCUUUGAACCUUAGGCGAGAUUGUGGCUUUAAUCCUUAAACCAACUUCCAAUAUUGGCUUGAAAUCGAGUUACUCGAAGGCAAAGAUUGAGUGUUUCCAGGAGUAUUCACUAGCACGUGCAUAUGUUAUAUUCGCUUUAAAAAAAUUAUCUUAUAUUUUAUAUGUGUACUACUUUUAUUAUUACGCACCCUGUAUAUUGAUUAUUGAUUAACUAACAAAUGUUGGCUGCAAAUUCUAAUUAUGUUCCGAAACUCAUUCGCCAGCGCUUUGUAUUGUAUUUAGAGUUAAGAGGCAGAGGAAGGCAUAUACGAUGGCAUACACACACACACACAUGUACGAAAAAUGAAAUAAUAAACAUGAAAACUGA